AUGUUCCAGUUGACGCGUCUAUGUGGCGCAUACAGACGCGCAAUGUUGCAGGCAGGAUUUCCUGCAGCUGAGCGGCGGGAUGGCGCAUUGGGGGCCGAAAUCAAGGUGCGGCGCCUCGAGGUCUGGCAGACCACCUGCUCGAUCGCAGGCGUUGCACGUCUGAAGACUGGCGAAUAUCCUCUUCAACCCACGAGAAGAAUGAUGUUUGAUUAUUCAUUCAUCAGGUACAAGAUGGGGACGAGCACUUUCCUUUCAAUGUACUCGGGGUCAUCGCUUGCCCAAGCUCAGGCACCAUGGCCAAUCAGAUGCCAGUCGAUCCAAGACAACUCUGCGCCGUACUGCACACUGGCAACUUUUGCUGAGUCACUUCAAUCUUCCUUAGCCAUUUGA